GGUCGCCCCAGCAACCGAGCCCCGCUCUGUCCUAGCGCCCAGCUCCCUCGGAGGCUGCAGAGCUGGCGAGCCAGGGGGAAUCGCAGAGUCGCGACAGUCUGUCCGAAAGGUCUCCGUCAACAUCUUCAGAAGUAUAUAAGAUCAAGUUUAUAUUUCCAAAUGGCGACAAGUAUGCCCCAGGCUCCUUUCCUCAUUAGAUGGUGACUGUACAAGAACAUCUUCUGGGAUCUAUGAGAGAAACGGGACAGGCAUCCACACCACUCCUAACGGAAUUGUCUACACAGGAAGCUGGAAAGAUGACAAGAUGAAUGGCUUUGGGAGACUUGAGCAUUUUUCAGGAGCUGUGUAUGAAGGACAAUUUAAGAACAAUAUGUUUCAUGGACUGGGGACUUAUACAUUCCCAACUGGGGCAAAGUACACUGGAAAUUUCAAUGAAAACAGGGUAGAAGGUGAGGGCGAAUACACGGACAUCCAAGGCCUUCAGUGGAGUGGCACCUUCCACUUCACAGCUGCUCCUGGCCUGAGACUGAAGCUCUACAUGUAGACAUGCUGAC